AUGGAUUUGAACAAUGUUAAGGGCACGAAGUUUUUGACGGUUCCAGUAUAUGAUGGGGUGAAGUGCACUGGUUCUAUCGACGUGGAGGUUGCAGUGAAGGAUGGUCCGUUGCCUACGACUGACCUGUUUGAUUGGACAUCAGGUAAUGUGCGCAUGGUAAUUGAUCGUGCAGUGAAUCUUCCUCCGGCUUUCCGUGGUGGUAAGUACGUGAUAAUUGAUUUGGAGAAGCAGAGGGAGCAGACUUUAAUUAGUAAUGCGACCGCUAAUCCGAUUUGGCAGACGGCGAUUACUUAUCAGUGUCGGAGUGGCAGUAGCAAUUGUGUAUUUACUGUGUGUGCACACGAUGAACAAGAGGAUAUUAUCCUGGGACAGGCUACCCUGAACUUGGCUGAGGCCCGGCAUUUGGCGGAGAGGGGUCAGUCGGUAACCAAGUUGAAGCUGGACGGUCUAUGUAGGGGUACGGGUGGUGAGCUUUGGUUGGAAGUUCAGUUUGUUGCAUAUCCUAAGAAUAUGAACAAGUAUCGGUUUCUGAAGAUUCAUCUUAACUCGGUUCGAGAUAUGAUGCCAAAUGCGCUGCAUAGCGACCGAGCUAAGAUACUGAUCGGUAUGGGUGGCAAUGAAGUGGCCACUAGUUUGGCCCGUAUUCAGACGACAUAUGACGAGUAUUGUCUUACGUACAAGGAGACAUUCGACGUACCUUACAACAAGGAAGAAAUCAUUUCCUUUACUCUCGUCGACGGGCAGACUGAAGAGGAGCUUUGCGGUUGCGCUUAUGACCUAUGGGCGGCUCUACGGCUGAAUCGCGAAAGCAUUCGUGGCGACCUUUGGCUUAAACAUCAAGACCAAGUGUUGGGCAAGCUGCGCCUGCAUCUCACCUAUCUGCCGGGAGUACCAGAACCCUGGCCGGACGCUUGCAUCGUGGAUGUAGCCAGCCUUCGGUGCCAGACUUUCGGGGCCGCUCCGUUGACUGUUUCGGUGCGGGAUGCCACGGCAUACGGCAGCUUCGUCGACGGCUUCGAGGACGACGCCAGCGAGGACAGCGCGAUCACCAUGGGCAAAAAGUUCCACAUCGGUCGCACAUAUGGCCUCAAAUACGCUGGCCAGCCGAACAUCUGGGUGGACGUGGCCAUGGGUCCAAUCGAGGUUUGGUCCUGUGAAGUACCCAUCACUCGUGAUUCCUUUGAUGACAUAGGCUACCACGACUAUCCCCUCAUUCAUGCCGGCCGAGAGGUCGGCUGGAUCAAUCUCAAGCAUCGCUUCAUUGACCGGCCCACGUCCGUGACCAGCUGCAGCUACCUCAAGCUGCAGCUCACCGACCUGGCAAAGGUGCCCGCCCAUUUUGGUGACAAAACCCCUGCGCAGGUCUACCUUACUGUGGACCUAGACCACAAGAACACGGUGCAGUGCCCGCCGAUCAAGGUGCUGAGUGACCACGAAGAGAUCUACUGCAACUGGGUGGCGCCGUACAGACAGCAGCCAAUUAUUCGUUUCACUCUGCGUGAUCCGAAGGGCUUCCCUCUCUCGACGGCGGACCUGAACGUCUGGGACGUGAUGAACAAGCAGGUCAGUCCGACCGACUACAGCCGCGGCGGGCGAGAGCGCCGCACCCGCGGAUUGGAUGGCUCCCGAGGUCUAGACCAGGUUCGGAGUAUGGACUUAUUGAGAGCGAGUAGACAACGCGGAGACGAGAGCACGCGGUCUGCCGGUAGUCGGCGGAGUCGCCAGGUGGAGGAAGAGUACCAGAAGCCGGCGAAGAUUUUAGUGCCGCUGUACAAGAGGAACGGCACGAAGGGCGGGAAGGUAUACGUGAAGGUGGAGUUCAUUUACCACCCCAAGGACCUGCGGUUCCCGAAACAGUUGUUGGUGGGCUUCAGUCAUGGUACGAAUAUCGGCGGGGAUUACGCGUACGACCCUUCACGGGAUGUGACGGUACGACUAAGGUCGGGCGAAAACAAUAUCGUGACACCGCCCAAAACGAAGAACAAUCUAUGGGGUAAUUGGACGGCGAUAUUAGACAUGGAGCCGGGCAUGCAUACAUUGGCUGUGGAGGUGUAUGAUAAGGCUAGCCUGGAGGCAAUUGGGUCAUUGUAUGUGCACAUAUGGGAUUUAUUCCGUAAUCCCUUUGCGGAGUGGGCGGGGUCGUUCAAAAUUACGAAAGGUAAUGUAAAUGUGGGAGUAGUGCAUAUGGCGAUGCGUCUAUUGGUUCCGCAGCGACUGACAGUGCAGUUCGGGGAUGGACACGCGACCUACAAAGUACACCCGCGAUUGCGGUACUCUAAAGUAUUUGCUUCCGAUUCCCCGAAGGAUGUGCGACGUAAGUUCAUUGCGGCCUGUCGCGAGAUCGCAGAGAUGAAGAACACCAAUCUCUCCGACGAAGACCGGACCAAGUACCGCCUGGCGCAGUUGACAUUGAGCUGCAAAACAACCCACGUAGACGUGGCUUCGGGCAACAAGUUGAUGUUACCCGACAAGAGUACUCUUUUGUCUCUCUUCCCGGGGUGUACGGAUAAGACCGACAAGUUAAAGGUAAUUGAUUUGGCGAUUAUGAGUGUGAGCAAGGGCAAAAUGCACAAGGUAGAUGCCGAGCCGGAAGACGGCGCUCUCGAACCCUGCACAAGUUUCCCCACGGGCGAGUCGGCCCAAUCACGCGUGGGCACACUAGCCCGUAUCGAAUUGCCCUGGGUCAAAAUGGCCUCCGAUCAUUCCAAGGUAGGCACACGGCGCAACAGGCUUUCGGCACUGGUUGAGAAAACCUUUGAACUCCAUCCCCACGGAGACGCUCCCCUCGGUGCCCUCGGUUACGCCGCAAUCGCCCUUACUGAGACCCAACGCCUCGUCCACACACUACGUUGGACUCACGCACUCUACGACCGUGUCGACCAAUGGGUACCCGCCGUCAUACACGCUAUAACCAGCGCCAACUGCCUCGUCUCCCGCAUCUCACCGGUGGAAACGGUUGUCGGGUACGACCUACCCGAUUACGCACGAACUGUCCACGUCUCCAACAAUCGACUCCUACCCGCCUUCAAUGAGUCAGACGUCACCGACCGUGGACGCAAAGCACUCGUCUAUCGCAACUGCGGCUCCGGACGCACCGUCAAAUUCCGCUCAAACGGCAUGGGAGCUUGGACACCACCCGCCCUUCCAAGAACCUCAUCCAUGGCCCGACUCGCCAAAAAACACUCGGACCCACUUAUGCGCUAA